AUGAUGCUUUUCGCACAAGAUGUUAUAGUACCAACAUCUUUUAAUCCGAAUCCAAACAUUCCAGGACAUAAUAGGAGGCUACGAAGGGUUUUCAAAGGAGCAGUUGGUGCACUUGAUGGCACUUUGAUACAUGCUGUUGUCCCUGCUAAGAAACAAGACUUAUAUAGAAGUAGGGGAAAGGGAGAUUGCUACCAAAACAUAUUGGCAAUUUGUGACUUCAAUAUGAUUUUUACAUUUGUUGUGACCGGGUGGGAAGGGGUAGCGCAUGACUCUAGAAUAUUAUCAGAAGCAGUAGCCGAUCCACAAGCAUCAUUCCCGUUUCCACCACCAGACAAAUAUUAUCUUUGUGAUGCCGCGUAUUGGCUUGGAGAUUUUCGUCAAAGACGUGCAUUGACCAAUAAAGAAAAAUUUAACCAUGGACAUGCAAAACUUCGGAAUGUCAUUGAGCGUGCUUUUGGUGUUUUGAAAGCACGCUUCCCUAUAUUGAAGAGGAUGGCACCAUUCCCGUUUGUGACACAAAGAAACAUUGCCAUGGCAUGCUUCGCACUUCAUAAUUAUAUAAGGAAAGAAGGAUUGAGUGAUGAGUAUUUCGCACGAUACGAUGAACCCAAUGUCCCGUUUCGAAAUAACAAUGUGGCCAUUGAUGAUGAUGAAGACGGGAUUCCAACACAUGUUACUGCAGCAGACCGUGAAUAUAUGACUCAGUUACAUGAUGAAAUUGCUGAUCAGUUGAUGCACAAUAUAGAUUGA